CCACCUAUAUAAACCACUCUCCUCUUCAACCCUCUUCAUUCUCUCACGCAAAACCCUAACCACCUCUUCUUCUUCCUCGCUCGCUGACUCGUUCGUUCUUCCGAUCGGAGAACAUGGCGGAUACCGAGACGUUCGCGUUUCAGGCGGAGAUCAACCAGCUUCUCAGCCUCAUCAUCAACACGUUCUACUCUAACAAGGAGAUCUUCCUUCGUGAACUCAUCAGUAACGCCUCUGAUGCUUUGGACAAGAUCCGUUUCGAGAGUCUCACAGACAAGAGCAAGCUCGAUGGACAACCCGAAUUGUUCAUCCAUAUCAUUCCUGACAAGGCAAACAACACUUUGACCAUUAUUGACAGUGGUAUCGGCAUGACCAAGGCUGAUUUGGUGAACAACUUGGGUACAAUUGCAAGGUCUGGCACCAAGGAAUUCAUGGAAGCCUUGGCUGCUGGUGCUGAUGUUAGCAUGAUUGGACAGUUUGGUGUUGGUUUCUACUCGGCCUAUCUGGUUGCUGAGAAGGUUAUUGUUACCACCAAGCAUAACGAUGACGAGCAGUACAUUUGGGAGUCUCAAGCUGGUGGGUCUUUCACUGUUACCAGGGAUUCUGGCGAGCCUCUUGGCAGGGGGACUAAGAUCACCCUCCAUUUGAAGGAGGACCAGCUUGAGUACCUUGAGGAGCGCCGGUUGAAGGACUUGAUUAAGAAGCAUUCUGAGUUCAUCAGCUACCCAAUUUCUCUGUGGAUUGAGAAGACCACUGAGAAGGAGAUCUCUGAUGAUGAGGACGAGGAAGAGAAGAAGGAUGAAGAGGGUAAAGUGGAGGAUGUUGACGAAGAGAAGGAGAAGGAAGAAAAGAAGAAGAAGAAGAUUAAGGAGGUGUCUCAUGAAUGGUCUUUGGUGAACAAGCAGAAGCCUAUCUGGAUGAGGAAGCCAGAAGAGAUUAACAAGGAGGAAUAUGCUGCUUUCUACAAGAGUCUCACCAAUGACUGGGAAGAGCAUUUGGCUGUCAAGCACUUCUCUGUUGAGGGUCAGCUUGAGUUCAAGGCUGUUCUCUUUGUACCCAAGAGGGCACCAUUUGACCUCUUUGACACAAGGAAGAAGCCUAACAACAUCAAGCUCUAUGUGCGACGUGUCUUUAUCAUGGACAACUGUGAGGAGUUGAUGCCUGAGUACCUGAGCUUUGUCAAGGGUAUUGUUGAUUCUGAGGAUCUCCCACUGAACAUCUCCAGAGAAAUGUUGCAGCAGAACAAGAUUUUGAAGGUUAUCCGUAAGAAUUUGGUUAAGAAGUGUGUGGAGCUUUUCUUUGAAAUUGCUGAGAACAAGGAGGAUUACAACAAGUUUUAUGAAGCUUUCUCUAAGAAUUUGAAAUUGGGUAUUCAUGAGGAUUCACAGAACAAGAACAAGCUUGCUGAGCUUCUCAGGUAUCACUCCACAAAGAGUGGUGAUGAGAUGACCAGCCUCAAGGACUACGUGACCAGGAUGAAGGAAGGUCAGAAUGAUAUUUACUACAUUACUGGUGAAAGCAAGAAAGCUGUUGAGAACUCUCCAUUCUUAGAGAAGUUGAAGAAGAAGGGAUAUGAGGUACUUUACAUGGUUGAUGCUAUUGAUGAAUAUGCUAUUGGUCAACUUAAGGAAUUUGAGGGCAAGAAGCUGGUGUCUGCUACCAAGGAAGGUUUGAAACUUGAAGAAAGUGAAGACGAGAAGAAGAAGCAAGAGGAACUGAAGGAGAAGUUUGAUGGUCUCUGCAAGGUGAUGAAGGAUGUGUUGGGCGACAAGGUGGAGAAGGUUGUGGUUUCUGACCGUGUGGUCGACUCACCUUGCUGUCUUGUGACCGGCGAGUAUGGAUGGACCGCCAACAUGGAAAGGAUCAUGAAAGCUCAAGCUUUGAGGGACAGCAGCAUGGCUGGGUACAUGUCAAGCAAGAAGACAAUGGAGAUCAACCCUGAGAACCCCAUCAUGGAGGAGCUCAGGAAGCGAGCUGAUGCUGACCACAACGACAAAUCUGUGAAGGAUCUUGUCCUCUUGCUCUUUGAGACUGCCCUUCUCACAUCUGGCUUCAGCCUUGACGAUCCCAACACUUUUGGCAACAGAAUCCACAGAAUGUUGAAGCUUGGAUUGAGCAUUGACGAGGAUGCAGGUGAAGCUGAUGCUGACAUGCCCCCACUUGAGGAAGCAGAUGUUGAUGCUGAGGGUUCCAAGAUGGAAGAAGUUGAUUAAAUUUGAUUGACUGCGUUUGAUUAAUUAGCAAGUAUUUUCGAGCUCAUCUUUUGGCUCUGUUUUUGCUUUUUCAUUUUUUUUGUUUUUAGUUUUGGUUUGUUGACAAUAUUAAUGCGCAAGUUACCUAUAAUUUCCGGGAUUUAGUUUA